GCAGCUAAAUAAAACCUCGUUCACUCAUUUUCGUCCUGUGCUCGUGUAGUUAAGGCUUAAAUUACACCUUGAAAAUCAGCAGCUUUAUUUUUACAUUUGGUCACAUCUGCCAGGAAAGGCGUUUCUUUUCCUUAGGUGUCUUUUUUGGCAGGUGGCUCUCUUUAUCAGCGGCAGGACCCGUUGCCUUGGAGACGGGACGCGCGAGCGGUAAGGCGUUGCGACGUGGGUCGCCUUCGGGAGCCAUGAGCCUCCGCAGCCACGAGCGCCCGGUCCCUCUCCCUCGGACGGCAGCCAAGGUUGGAAAUCCCUUACCUAAGCACUCUGCAGACAGUCAUCUGUCUCAGGGUUUAGCAUGUCGGGAUAACUUAGUGGUUCGAGAAGAUGAACAUAACAAAGAACUUCAUAUUCCUUUUAUGAACAAGAAUGAUCAAAAGAAACUACAGGAGGAAAAUACAAGAAUAAAGUACGAGUUAAAAGAUUUAAGGCGCAAUUAUGAACAACUUAUAGAAGAAGGGAAAAGUGAGUGUUUUGAUGAAAGACGCGUUAAUCUUCUAAAGGCUCAAGUACUGCAGCUAGAAAGGCAGGUGGUGCUCCUUACAGAAGGAUUAAGUUCUCGAGCUGCUCUUAUGUUGGAGUUAAACACUUCUUUAGAAGCUCUUACUGACAGGAUUAGCUCUUUUCUUAAUACUGAAAGAACUGCCUCUGAAGUCACCAUUCCAUGUUCAGAACUUCAUCAAAUGAUUGAGCUAUGUGAAGCAAUGAGAAACAAACUGCAAAAAAACCAGCAAGUUUCUGAUCUCUCAAAACUUGCAUUGCCCUGGACAUUGGGAAGAAGCCUUCUUGUACAGCCGGUGACCCUUUUGGAUGUUUGUUAUGGCAAAAUAGAAAACUUAAAUCUUAGAUAUGUGAGUGCCCUUGAGGGAAAACUUAGCAAGCUGUGGAGACACCUGCUUGCCAUGAGGCAAAAUCUGAGUUUCAUGCUUGCCCCAGGACAGAUGUCCUCUGAGACAGCUCAUCAUAUCCUUCCAACUGCUGUUUAUGCUCGACUGAUAAAUCAUGCAGCUCAGUGUCAUCAGUCCGUGGAGGAAUGUUGCAGUGACUUGCUCACGUUGUCGCUUCUGGUACCUUCAGCACCUUGGGAAAUCUUGGAAAGUUCCUUGAGCCAAGAGUUCACGGUUGAAAAUGUGCUUGCCAUCCUUCCAGCCUUUCCCAAGGGUGCACCUCAGCAACGUGCCAAAAGGGCAGUAGAAGCCCUGGUAAAGGCUCAAAAUUAUUCCCGACAAAUGGCAAUGCAACAGAUUCUUGCUUUGCAAGGGGAACUUAAUUUCUACAGAAGUGUAUAUCAUCUCCAAGUUAAGUACACUGAAGCUCUCUUCAGUGGGAUAAAGCAAGCAUAUCACACAUUUCAAGACAAUGUUGCCAUGGCUCUUUGUUCCCCACUACAAGAUGCCCUUUUGUCUUACACAAAACUUAAAACAGAAGCUUCAGAGACUGCUUUGAGAGACUUUCUCACUGUUUUCAGAAACAAUGCUGAGCAGAUCCAAUAUGCAGUUGAAACUCUAACACCACCAGUGAAUCAGCAUCGUGAAGGUGAUGAGGCACUGUCAAAAUUUGGAAAAGAAUUUUUCCUGUCCUUGGAACGUUCACUCAAAGUCUGUGGUGAGCAACGGGAAAAAGUUGCCAGUGAAAUGGAAAUCUUACAGACAGAACUGGAUCAGGCUUUAGAAACUCUUCGAGAUUUAAGGGAACAGAAGGUGAAGAAAGCAGGAACCAGUCAGCAUUUUCCAAAGCGUGAAGAGGGCAAGAUGGAAGGAACAGAAGCAAGCGGAUUGAAUGCACUUUACAGAAAAAUACCUGAAGUGAGUUCCACAUCCAAACAUUUUCCAAGCAAACACAGAGUCUUGCAAAAACAUACUUCGGUUGUAGAAUCGGUAAACCCAUCCUCCAGACAAAAACUAGAAGGUUCUGAUGGUGGAAAUGUUCAGCAGAAGGGGAAGAACCUUCAUAGAAGCAAGAGUAUGAAGGCCACUGAAAGGCCCUCCUGGCAAGAUUAGAAAUUGCUCUUUAAUGUUUGACAGCCAGAGCUUUGUUACAGUUUUUUACUGAAGAUUAUGCACAGUAAGAGAUAACAGAUCUUCUUUUGGUUAUGAAGCAGUUUCCCUGAGCCUCUUUAAACAUGCCAAAUUUCAUUCCACAGAACCAUUUGCUGUUUAGAAAGCAGAAAGCAUUUGUCUUGUUGAAAAAAAUUCUCACAUUCGUAUAAAAACAUGCAGGAGCAUUCCUGAGCAUCGUAGGUCUCUGGGAGAUACAGAAAUAUAAUGUGUAAGGUGUAAUAUUUGUUCAUUUCAGAUAGAGGAUGCCCAGGUAUCUAAUAACCAUACCCAAGGCUACACUCUGGUUCUGUUACAAGAUAAUAUAUAUCUUCAAGAGCAUAUAGUAGUGUCUUUUAAGAUAUAGAAGCACCCACCAGAGUACUCUGUAUUGGUCAUUGUCAGAUCAUGGCUUUGUGUGUUAAAAGAUAUUUCCACACUGAGGCUUAAGAUAAAACUGAAUGCACAAACAAUGCCAGCUCCCUUUCCUCCUCCUCAUGGCCAAAACACACAGAGGUUUCAUUGUAUGAUGAUUUCACACAUGCAUAUAGCAGAUCUCCUUCUCCCAGCUUGGCGCCCUUCAGAUGUGCUGGAUUAAAAUUGCCAUCACCUCCAACUAUGUGGGGUGAUGGGAAUUGUAAUCUAGUAUGCACUUGUGUGUAACAAAUUGAAGAAGAUUGCAAAUGCUGAAGAAUAGCUUGGUAGGAUUUUCAUAGGCCGCAUUAUCAAUCCACUUGGUUUACACACACAUGGGAUAUAUCUGGAGGGAAAACACACUUAAUAAUUUCGUGAGGUCUUGUUUUUUUUAGUGCUGAGUGAAAACACUGGAAAAUGCCAUACAGGCAUGCAGGUGUAUCCCCCCCCCCCAAAAAAAAGACACUGUAGAUAAUGGAACAGACCUUGAACCUGUUCCAUUACUGUUCUACAGAAACUUUGUUUCUUUCCUAGACACAUCCAGUUGCUUGGAAACAAUUCCUGUAGCAGGCUUGUUAUUCAUAGCAUUUCCCAAGCCAGCUAUGGUUCUCCUUAAAUGGUCUCAGCUACCCAAGAAGUAUGAUUGUUCUCCUUGGCUUCCUACUCCCACUAAAAGCAAUAAAGCUGCCUGGAUUGAUAGACUCAGGAUCGGGGCAACAUUUUAAAAGUUUACAGUUUAUCUAUCUUUUAAAUAUGUGUGUCUUUUUUCAAAUUUUGAUACAAAUAUGAGCAUGAUAAACUAAGGGUAAGUUCUGCAUUCUUUUGUA